AUGUCCACUGAAACAUGGCUGUGCAUAUGUUAUGACAUUACUGAUGCACUGGACCUCAUGCACCAAAGGGGAUAUCUUCACUGUGAUUUGAAAUCCAAUAAUGUGUUAGUUGCUCAAAAUAAGGGGUUUCUGAUUGAUUUUGGUAAAGUUUGUGAGAUAUCCCGACCAAAGGCUAAGAAAUACAAGGAGAUAUACAAGCACAUUGCUCCAGGAGCCUUGAAGGGAAUUCCUGUUACACCUGUCAGUGACAUAUAUUCACUUGGGAGAGUCCUCAAAGCAAUUGUAAAGAAAACCAACAGCACCAUCCUAUUACAGUUAGGAACUGUAGCUACUGAUCAAGCCAAAACAAAGAUCCAGUCUGUUGAAAAUCGUGACCUCAUUGAAAGCUCAGAAUAUUCACAACUGAGAUAUCAAUUCAUUUCUAGAAAAAUUAAAUGA